CGAAGCUACUCGAAAAGCACGUUAAACUGCUCUUCACAUAAUUUCCGAACAAACGCGUCUCCUUGUGCGUCAUUUUGGUGACUUUGUAUUUUGAAUAGAUGAUAUUAUAAACGAGUACAGUAAAUAAUUGUAUUUAAAAAAUGCAGGGAACAAUCAUAGAAAAUUUAAGCGGUAGAAAGCUUUCGGUACUUGUAAUAUUACUCGUUAUCGCGCAAAUAGUUUGUUUUCUAAUAGGCGGGCUUAUUGCUCCAACUCCAGCUAGUAGCCAGAAUGUGCUUGGUACACCUUGCAAGGAUAUUCGUAUAAAUGGAUCUGAACCAGGAGGAGGAAAAUGGUUUUAUUCAAGGGGAAAAGGAUCAUGUACUCCUGUUGAUAUGAAUCGGUUUAGCUUUGACAGUCACCGUCAAGCAUAUCAAGUUGUUUAUACAUUUCAGAUGCCUGUACCUCGAAGUAGCAUGCAACUUGAUUAUUCUAGAUGGCAACAAAACUUAAUAGGUGUUUUGCAAGUGGAUAUUGUUUAUCACAGUCAGAUAGAAAUUGCUCCUAGGACUAAGAUAACAUUGGAUGCAAGACUUGCUUAUAGGAACAAAGGAGAUCCAGAUGAUGCUUGGAAACCAUAUGCAGCCUCUGUGGUAGAAAGAAUGCUAGAUUGUAGUAUUGAUGAUGCAAUGGAGCAGUACAAUUACAACUGCAGUGUGGUACCAUUGUUUGAACUUGGAUCUCUAUUCCAUGAUUAUUAUCUUCUAAAUAUUCGUCUUCCUGCUGAUACUGAUAGAAAUAUUAAUCAGGGUUUGGGACAUAUAACUGAUUUAUGGUUCACAGCUAUCAAUCAAAAUGGUGGAUUUACAAAAGUGUGGGUCAGUUUAAAAACUAUUUACUUUCCAAUCGUCUUGUGUGUUCUUACUUGGUACUGGAGACGAGUACAUAUGCUUUCCAGAUCACCAGCUUUAUUGGAGUACUUACUUUUAGCAUUGGGUAUAGCUUUGUCAUUUUUAAACAUGCCUCUAGAAUAUUUAACACUUGCCUAUGAUAUGCCAUUUAUGCUUUUAUUGGGUGAUAUUAGACAGGGAGUGUUCUAUGCAAUUCUUUUAUCUUUUUGGCUUGUAUUUGCUGGAGAACAUCUUAUGAUACAGGAAGGUGAACAAAGAAAUUCUCUAAAAUGUUACUGGCGUCAUCUUUCUGCAGUAGGGAUUGGAUGUCUAUCAUUGUUUGUAUUUGAUAUGUGUGAACGUGGGGUACAAUUACGAAAUCCAUUCUACUCAAUUUGGGUCACAGAUCUUGGAACUAAAUUUGCUUUAUCUUUUAUAAUCUUAGCUGGAGUAUCAGCUGGCGUGUACUUAAUAUUCUUGGCUUACAUGAUAUGGAAAGUAUUCAUGAAUAUUAGUGCAAAACGAGCUGCAUUACCUAGUAUGAGUUCGGCGCGACGUUUACACUAUGAAGGCGUAAUAUAUCGAUUUAAAUUUUUGAUGAUUGCUACACUAUUGUGUGCAUCUUUAACAGUUGUUGGUUUUAUUCUUGGCCAGGUCGCGGAAGGGCAGUGGAAAUGGGAUGAAGAAUUACAUUUGGAAAUGACAUCAGCAUUUUUCACUGGUGUAUACGGGAUGUGGAAUAUUUACAUUAUAGCAUUAUUGUGUUUAUAUGCACCAUCACAUAAACAGUGGCCUAUUGAACCAUCCGAAAAUAGUAUUAGCGAAGAAAUUGAAUUUUCACGUUUAUCUACUGAUCCUAAUGAAACGUUGUCUUUGACAGCAUUCGCACGAAAAGCAGCAUUAGAAUAAGUAGUACACAUUUUUUAUAACAAGUAGAACAGUGGUAACCGACCAGUCAACGCAAUUUUGUACUUAAACUUAGCAUGGAAAAUUAUAAAUAUGAAUUAAGGACUUCCGAUAUUUAUAGAGAAUGCAAGGACUGAUUAUACUCUGACAAGUAAUCUUUUAAUGCCAAAAUUAAUUAUUUAUUAUGAAAAAUAUUUUUUAAGCUUUACUUUUUCUAUGGUACAUUUACUUAAUAUUUUAUAUAACUAUUACUUCUAAGCGAAAUGAAUAGCGAGCCAUUUUAUCUUUAGAUUCUCUUCAUGUUCGUCUUUGUACGUUAUCAAACUAGAAUAAUACAUAGGUAUCGUUAUUUUAUAAAACAUUCCAUCUUAAAUCUAAAUAUCUUCUAUUCAACAAUUUACAUUACCUAUUUUCGUUAACGAUAAAUAAUCUAUUCCGUCGUUUCAUAGAACAUAUCAAUAUUGGGCAUUUAUCCAUAAUUAACAUUUGUAAACGUGCAUUUUAAUGGUAACUAUAUGAUAGUGAACAUGGGUAUUUCAAUAUUAUUUAUUAUUAACAUACAAAAAGGAUUAAUCUACAUUUGGCAGUAUUAAGUUCCUUUCGAUCAAUAUUUAUAAUAUUAUACAUAUUUCAUACAUAUUUUUACUAACUCCGAUGCAUUAUUGCUAUAAUUAUUAGAGUUUAAGACGUAUGCAUGCAACAAGGUAGACCUGAACAGAAAAAG